AUGUCCAACAAGAAGACUCUCACCCGCGAGGAGGAACUUCUGCUUCAAGACUUCAGCCGAAAUGUUUCCACCAAGUCUUCGGCCCUUUUCUACAGCAUUGCCUUGAUCGUCUCGGUGGUGCCGCUUUGGAUCUACUGGCGCAUUUACGAGGUGGACCUCUACUCGCUGGCCAUUCCAUUUGUCAUCGGCACGGUGGCCAAUACUUGGUUGGUGGCGUUCGGCUACAAAAAUGUCAAGUUUGUUCUGAAGCACAAGAUUGCCCAGAAGCGAGAGGACGCCGUUGCCAAGGAGGUGCUGCAGUCCAUCACCUCGCAGACCAUGUCCAAGAAGGAGAAGGAC